AAUAGCUUGGUUUCAAAGGGAUGUUUAAAGGUGAUCUAGUCCAGCUGCCCUGUGAUAAGCAGGAACAUCUCCAACUCCGUCAUGUUGCUCAGAGCCCCACCCAAUAUGCCCUUUAACAUCUCCAGGAAUGGUUCAUCGACAACUGCCCUCUGCAACCUGUUCCAGUGAUUCACCACCCUCACCGUAAAACUUUUCUUCCUUAUAUCUACUCUGAAUUGACUGUCUUUUAGUUUGGAACAACCCCCUCUUGUCCUUUAACAGCGGGCCAUGCUAAAAAGUCUGUCCCCAUCUUUCUUAAAAGCUGUACGUACUUUCAGUACUGAGAGGCUCUAAUACGGUUUCCCAGGAGCCUUCUAUUUUCCAGAGAACAACCCCAAUGUCCUUAUUCUUGUGAAUUUUCCCAUGAACUCCCAUGGAAAUAGUUGCUUCCGUAAUGCUAUGCAUAUGUUUUGAGGGCUCAGAAAAGACAGGGAAAUGAUAAACAUAUGAGCUCAAAACUUCUGAGAAAACGAGGACUGCCAGUGUUUCCGUAAUUAAAGAUAUGCUCUGUAAACUGUCCCUGCCUCCCCCUUUCCCUUCUCCAAGAUGAAUGAAAUGUGGAACACUUCACUGAGCCUGGGAAGUAAGUUAAGGUUACAGAAGCGAUUGCGUUUGAUGAUGUCACGUCCCUUUUGAUGACAUGGAUAAAGCAUGUCCAAACCCGAGCCUGGAGCGGGAUGAGACUUUCUUAGGGGACGGCUUGGGGAUGAAAAAUGGUGCAACAAGCAGAGCCCCUCACUGCGGCAAACCCCCGGCGGGGCCCGGGCGCCCCUUACCCCGCCCGGGGCCGCGUGUGCCCGCGGACGGCGCAGCGCUCGCCUCGGGCCGGCGGCGGGGCGGGCAGCGGAGCCCCCGCGGCCGGGUUAACCUCCCCUUACCCCUGACCCCUCCGCAGAUUGCCCGCCCCCGAGCACCGUGCCAGGGCCGGCGGGGCGCGCCCCGCGGCGCCGCUCCCUCCGCGGGGGCCGACGGAGACCGGGAAACUUUCGGAGAAAGCCACUUCCUCGCCCGGCCCGGCUUGGCGGGGGGAGAUGUCAGAUGCCGGCAGGGAGAGAGGGAGGGGGGAAGGCGGGGAAGCCGCAGCCCCUCCGCCCGCUGCCAGACGGCCAUUUAAGCCGCGGGCGAGGAGCGGCGGCGCAGGGAGGUGGCCGGCGCGGCUCCCUGGCGGCCGCUGCCCCGCUCGCCCCCUCACUCCGCCCCGCGCAGGGCUUCCCCCGCGGCUCCGUCCCCCCGCCUCUCGCAGGGCGGGGCGCGGGGGAGGGCCGGGACGCCGGGCGGUGCGGGGCUCAGCCCGGCCAUGUCUCCGGGGGCGGCGGCGUCGGGCUGAGCGGCCGUGCGCGCAGCGGGGAGCGCUCUCCGCCACCAUGAGGCGGCUGCCCCUGCCCUGCCUCCUGCUGCUGCCGCCGCUGCUGCUGCUGCUGCCGGCCGAGGUGAGACCGAGCUGCGGGAGGCGGGGGGCUGCCGCACCUGCCCCCGCUGCCCCGGCUUGGCGGGGCAGGUGUGCGGCCGGGCUCGGGCUUUGUCCCGCAGCGGCUCCGCCGGUGCCGGCCGCGGAGGGGAGGGCAGGGAGCGCUGGGGGCCGCGCUGUGGCCCGGGCGGGGCGCUGCUCACCUGGGGCGGGAGCCCCGCGGCCUCCCCCCGUCCCCCGGCCGGCCGCAGCGGGGGCUGUGCUGCGGUUUAACCCGGCGGUGCAGCCGCGUGGCUCCUUUCGGGGCAUGAGGCUGCCCCGGUUGUUUUCCUGGGUAAAAGCUGCCCUGGGUACAACAGGCACGGCUCCCGUCCGCCCAGUGUUGGAGCCUGCCCUCCUCGUGUCGGUGCUGGUUAAUUAUGUUAAUGGGGUGUAUGUGGUAGCGGGGUCUUUGCGCGUUGCCCGUUCCGGUGGUGCGCAUCACCCGCGGGGUUACAGCUUUCGGGAUCAGCGCGGAGUUUCCCCGGGAAGACGCUGCCGUGGUGCGGAGCGAGCAGCCCUAGCGGUGCCGGGCAGCAGAUCGGCGGGAGGCCUUGGCCAGCGCGCUUGGCUUUGAGGCCCCGCUCUGUUCCCACGUGUGUUGUGGGAUGUUCUUCCAAGAACACCUUUCAUUGAUGUAAAUCAGAAUGGCGUGCCAGGUGACCCACUCAGCAUGCUGGCACAGACUCUCAUCCUUGCUUCCCUCAGCUGAUGUGUUCUCAGUGUUCCCGUAGGAGUGCUUCAUGGCUGCUGUGAACUCUGAUGUUCUGGGGCUUGCUGAACUUUUGCCUCCAGAUGUACCCACUUGUCCUCUCUGCCUCAGUGGUUUCUGCUACAGAAGUGUGAAUGUGUGUUGAUAGGCACCAAGGUGCUCAGUAAUAUAUGGUGACAGACCUGCCUGAAAGCUGCAGAGGAGAUCUGUACUGCUGCUUUACAUUUUUGACUACUUUUUCCUUACCUUGCAUUGAUGCCAGCUUGUGAUUGCAGCCAUUGGUUGCAAUUGACAAUUGUAAACCUUUGUUUCCUCGUCUUGUCUGUUUCAGUUUAGGGUUCCUUGCAGUGUUUUGUCAUUUGAUCUCUGUUUGUUGUUGACCAAGCCUAGGUUCAAAAAUCUCUUCCAAAUAAGAGCUAAAACUGAACUGGGUAUUAAAGUACAUCGGCAUUUUGGAAGACCUCAGAGGAGGCCGGGAUUGUCCUUGGGUACAGCCUUGCAGGAUCUGCCUGCCAUGACCUCUGUUGUUUGCAGUUUUUCUUCUCAAGCUGGGUAUGAAAUCUUGUGACUUAGUGAUCUCUAAUGUUCUCUUAAGUCAGGCUCUUAAUUGGUGUCCAGUAUGAUUCAUAAUAAUACUAAAAAAAAUGAACCCGCUUCUCAGUUAUAUGUAGUUAAAUUUAUGUAUUCAUCGUCUUGGGACCCAGCUGUGGACCCUCAGCUAGGUCUUGUCAUCCCUUGAUGUUACCAGAGGUCCCAUCAACAUGCUACGGGACAUAGGUGAGAUCUGCAUAUUUUGGUGUGGCUCAUAAUUUUAGGUGGGAACUCUGCGGCUCAUUGUGUCACUACUGAAAAUUUAAAAGACAACAUUCUCAAUUUUGACUUAAUUGUACCUGUGAAUGUGAAGGCUGAGGCAAGGAAGUCUCAGUUUACUGAAACUCUCAGGCUUCUUAACUAAUGCUGAUCAGCACCUGGUGGAGUUCUGAACAUUAAGAGCACGUGCUUGAACUGCAGACAGGUGGGGAGAAAGGUCCUAAAGGAUUUUUUUCCUUAGAGGAAUAGGAUGUAAACCAGGUGCUUGCUGAUGGUGUGAUUCUGCAAAUCAUCCUCUCAUUUGAAAUGACUAAAUUUCACUGUAGCCACUUAGGUCAGGUGGGAUAACUCAUGUUUGAAAAGUCAUUAUGUUUCUAUAGCCUAUUAGCAAUAAGGAUGCAGAAUAAAGCCUUGCUUGGAGGCAAUGCUUCAAGUGCAAUAAUCUCGUUGCCCGUUCCAGUGCUAUUCACAUGGUCUUGCCCUCUAAAAAUGAGGAUGUUCUCUAACAGGGCAGAGUUUUGCUCUUCGUGUAGGGUUCUUUGCAUAGGCUCAGGCAGGUGUUAGAGUUGGCCGGUGUUGUUUGACGUGUGGUGUGUGCUCAGGUACAGGGACAUGGCCUGGCACUGCCUGGGGAGGCAUUUAGCUGCUGUAGGAAGGUGACAGCGGCUGGCAGGACUGUCAGGCAUGUGGCAUGAGCUGGGCUUCAUGUGUUACCAGUAAGAACUAUCGCUCCUUCUCUGCAGUCUCCAGCCAGCCCCUGAGUGGAAGGGCUGGGGUGGAGGUGGCUCUUGGCUGGCUCUGGCCUCUGUGUUUCCUCUCAGAUGACUGUGGGGUCGGAGAGGGGACAGUGCUGCACACUGACACCGUUGUGGGCCCAGCCACACGCAGGGACUGGGAAGCAGCGGGAGCUGUGGAAUGGCUGUGUCAUGGCAGCUCCUCAAUGGUGUGAUGGGCACAUGAUCUUUCUUGGUGCCUUUUACUCAAGGAUAAGCAUCUUGCUUAUUUUUUCAGGAAUUACAACAUAGUGGGCAAGGUUGGAGUUGUUCAAAAACAAACCUUGCUCUCUGUUUCUUAGUGAGAGUGAUCACGCCAGUGAUACGAUAAAUGCCAUCUUCUAAAAAAGCAACAGACAGUGGUUUUGGGCUUGUUUUGGUGUUUAGAAUUAUAAGUGCCUUUUAUGUGGGCCUAAUAGCUUGUUGUUACAUCUUAUUCCAUCCACAGAACUACUGAUACUCUGUGAGUUGAUUAUACAGGAUUAUGACUUAAUUACUGGUCUGAAUUUUCAAGUGAGGAGUUUAAAUGAGGAACCAUCUUAUCUCAAAUGUGGGCUUGCCAUGUGUAUGUUGCAUGUGAGAUAAUUUCUGCUAUAUAUUGGUCAUUAUUAAUCAUCCUUGUUGAGUCUUCUGCAUAGUACACUAAAUUUAAAUUUUAGUUUGUGAAAUUAUUCUGGGUAAUCUUCAGCACAUGCAAGAAGAAGUUAAUAGUAAUUUCCAUUUAAUUUUGUGACUGGUCUACAUACAGCUCAUUUACAGGCUUACAAAAGAAUAAAGACAGAGGAAUGUGAGGCUCCUUUGCUGCUUCUGUAUGUGCACUUCUGGGGCAAACCCUUUAAUGGCCACUAUUAAAAACACAGGUAUGAGCAUUGCUGAACUGGAGACCUGAGCAGGCCUGACCUUGGGCAGCAGAGACCAGAAGGGGAAGCUGGAGCUGUGAACAGAGUUUGCUUGUGGCUGCAGAGCAUAGAAAUGAACUUUUCAUCUGCCAGGCCAGGUUAUUUUUGUGUGAUGACUGCUUUCAUUUUUGUUUACAACAGCAACACAGGUUAAUUUCCUGAGCUUCUUUAUGUUCCUUACAAAGCCCCGCAACACAAGCACCUUCUGCAGGGCUCAAUGGAGGCUUUGUCUUCAGCGUGGCGUGGAUGUGCUUCCUUAGAGGCAUAGGCUGGCUGCACAUUGCAGCACUCUCACAUGGUUUCCAGUACUUUGAGUCUCCAGCCAGCAGCUCACAACAAAAUAUCUUCUUCUGCAUAUUUGAGAUCAGAAUUGAGGCUCACAGUGGAAAUGUUGUCUGUGCAAACAGCCACGCUAUUAUUAGUACUUCCUCAAUUAUGGGAGCUACAUGCAAGUCUUUGUUGAAAAUUUUCAUGGCAUGUAAUUUUUUAUGGUUGGAGUUUCUAAAUAUGAGCAAAAUUGCUGCUGUUUUAAAAUCUCUGGUGGUUCAUUGUGCAGGGCAUAAUCUAUAUAAUUUUAAUUUAUGCAUUUCCUUCUUUCUACUAGAGUUACAGUGUAUUACAGAAGGAGCAUUUUGACAGUGUUGGAGAGCGGUUGGGUUCUUGGAUGUUUGUAGGUGUGAAGCUUACCUAUGACAUUUACUUGCCUGCUUGAAAGAUUCUCAGUAUGAGCAAAGGCGAGAGACACUACUGAACCAGUUGGUGGCUGCACAUCUGGUUGUUAGCCUGAUGCUUUUAGUUUGACUCCAGAAUUUGAAUGCAGAUUGUACCUUGAACAUUUUGAAAGGUUGCUGGAAGUGUAGGAGGAGCUAGCUGAGUUUUCUCCAGCAGAGAGGGCCUACUGCUAUGUAGGGAUGGGUGAGUGAAAGAAUUUUGCCUUAAAUGGAGCUAUCAGUAGGAAAUUAAUUUUCAGCAGGAGAUGACUGUGCAGGGGUGGACUUCAACUAGGAGAAGAGGGUAGAAAAUAAAGUGUAAGUAAACAUGUGCUAAUAGGAAGUGUUAGAAAGCAAAGAGUGUGGGGCAAAGAGUGAUCAGGCAUCACAGGAAGAGAAGAACAAAACAGAUGCACUGCUCUGAAAGGCUGCACCAAGGCUCUUCUCUGAGUGCUUUCCAGCUGUUCCCAAAUGUAUCUGCACAUAAACAGGCCUCCUGGGGCUAUUAAUCCAAAAUUCCAGGAGAAAAUCCAAGAUUAAGUGGGAAAAGUAUUUCUGUAAUCCAACAAAGAAUGGACAUGUAAAUGUCGUCCAAACAGAGCUGAAUCAAUAAAUUCAUGGCCUCAUUUAGUUAUCUUCUAUGGCCUUCAUGGGCUUUCAGUGGAAAAGGCAGGGAAAGCUAUAUCCAUAUCUUUCCAUAAAUGUUGUUGGUAUUUGGCACAUCACUGAAAGUACUUAUUUUCCUACCAUCACCAGGAAAUUGGAAGAACCCCCUGAUAUCAGAAACCAAGCAGUCCACCCAUCCCUCUUUUCCUUCUGUGCUCUUUGUGAAGAUACCAAAGGCCAUGUAGGAAACCUUCUUUCUCCACAUGUAGAAAUGUAAUAGGAGAAAAGGUAACUGUGCUUUUAACCAUGUCUCAGAAUUGAAGAAAUUGCAGCUACAAAGAACAAGAAAUGGCAGCUGUAAAUGGAGGAAGGAGGAUGUUGGUGUUUGCUGUGGUGCCAGACCUGUGGGGUCUGUACCUGACCUUGGCUUUACACGGUGCUUCAAACCCAGCUGGUAAGUCUUGAGGCUGAGUGGUGAUUGAAAAAGCUGUGCCGCAGGGUGGAGGCUUUCCUCUGCCUGAUCUCCUGUGCCAAGUGGCUGCUGCUGCUCCCACUCAGGACUGGGAAGAGGGUCCUGCCAGCUUGGCCACGUGUCAGAGCAGCAGGUGGGGAAAGCAGUUCACAGAAGCUGCUCAAUGAGAGAAAUGCAAAACUCGGUUUAACCUCAGCAGCUAGCCUCUCUUUUAUAUUUAAUUGUUUACCUUUUACUUAUUUAUUGUCAUCAGGUAGGGUAGAGCUAAAUUUGCAGAUGGAUCAUGAAGAUGCAAGAUGAAUAAAUGGGGCAGCACUUCCAGCUGACAGCAAGUUGUGUCCAAAGCCAUAGAGCUGGAAGCAUCCAGUCUCUUGAGUAAUCACUAAGGGACAGCCCUGCUGGGACUUAAUUGGGUAUAAUGCCUCAUGAAAGCUGCGUGGGUACUGAAAGAGCAGUUUUGUGUAUGAGUGGCCGCUUUCUAGGUAAGAAACUGUGCCUGCAAUACAGGUUUUUUUUUCUUCAGUAAAGGUGCCAUAAUAAAAGGAGCUAUUUGGGCCUAACUCAGAAGACUGGAAUGCUGCAAUUACAGCAUAUGGGAGAGCACAGAUUCCCAAAAUAACCCAGGCAGGAGAAUCUUGCCUUGCUGUGCAUACAUGAUGUGAGUCAGAGAGUGGCAUUAUGAUUUCACUGCUGCCACUUCAUACUGUUGUCCUACUUAUAAUUAAAUGACUUUUGGGUCUAACUUCCUACUAUUUUUGCCUGUCAACAAAGUUGGGAUUGUUUCAGAUCCCUCCUUCCCCAGGCUUUUAAUUUUGGUAGAUGUGUUUUAGGUGUCUCCAUACGGGCUUGUUGAGUAGAUUUAGUCCCACCCUGAGCAGCAGACAGCAAUGAAUAUCAUUCUUCCCUUUGUGCUCUAACUACAUUUGAAUAAGGGGUAUGUACAGAGUGGCCUCUGAGAGAGGAAUUUGAUGCUGUUCCCCAAAUUACUGCUAUUUAGAGGGAUUAUGCAGAAAGCUAAACAGAAAGGAAAAAGAAUAGUUUAUGUCUUUAGUCCUCUGCUGCUGCCCCACCCUGGUGUGCAAACAAAUGCCUUUCCCCCUCGUUUCUUUUGAAUGUUUAUUUAUUGUUUUUACAGGAUUUUCUGCUCCCAGAGCUGUUGGCUUCUAGGUGCUAAUAAAAUGUGAAUGUGUCCCAGACUCACCCUCGCUGAAGUGCGCACAGUUCUGCAGUGGCUAGAUUUUCUGGAAAGAAAAAAAUUGCUUUCUGAAAAGAUACCAAAAAAUCUACAUCUUUAUUUUUGCAUUUGGUGGCAUAGAUAUGGGGAAAUAACUUUCUCUCCCCAAAAAAAACAUUUUCAAGGGGAAAAAUUGUUUUAAUUCCACUAGAUAGUGGGUAUGGGAGUGGAGGCUGGGAACAGGGGGAAGUCUUACAGCAAGACAAACCCACAAUUUGGGUAGUUUAGGGUAAUUUGACUGUUUGGUGUGACCUCAUGUCAGAGUGGUUUACCUUGGGCUUCUUUUUUGCCUCUGUGGUUUGUGUUUAAACUCAAGAGCCCCAGGGGAAGGAGUUGAUGGAAAGACAGCUGGGGGGGAAGGGGCAGCCCAUGUUUUUCCCAGUGGCACAUCCCUGUAUGUGUUUUGUUGAAGCUUUUUUUUCUUCAUUAGGGCCUGACCUCGGGUCUGUCCUGGCAGGAAUGUGUUCCAAGCUUGGCGGUAAUUAAGGACAACUGGGCACGGGGUGAGGGCAGCUCUGAGCCGGGCUGGCGGCUCUUGGAGCGGGAGCCCCGUUCCCAUUUCCAUUUGCCCUUCCCUCUGUGGCCAGGCAGCGAGGAGCUUUCAGCGUGGAUCUGCUGUGUGCCAGCCGAGUGCUGUGGCCGUGGGGCUGUUGGGAACCAUGGUCACCAUACUGUGGCUGGUUGUGGCCCUUUGUUGCCUUGGCUCUUGUUGCCCGUGCUCAGCAUCUGAAGGUUUUUGUCGGAAUGGAAACAGUUCCUCUCCCAUCUCCCGCCUCGGUUUCAGUGUGAGUCGCAGGGGGUUGUCCUCGAGUGAACCCUUCUGUAAAUUCAGCCCAUAUUCAUGAAUAGUUUAGUCUUCCCUGAAACUCUGUUUCUUAAUGAAUAAAUGAUUGAACAAGGAGAAAAAAACCAAACCUUUCCAUCCAGAAGCAGCAAUAUUGAAAUUUGCUAGGCCUGUUUCUUUAUUGUUAUAUAGUCUUUGGGCUGUUGUGAGCAGUAUGGAUCCAGUUCAGCUGAUAAGCAAACCUCACUCCUGCAGUCAGGGGAAGAAGGCUUUUCUUUUACUUGGGUUUCUUUUAGGGUUUUUUAUAAACCUAUAAAUUUAAAAAGAGAGCUCUGGUACUGCAGUAGAAGGAACUGGCUCAUAUGGUAACACGGGCAAGGUAUCUACAUGGCAACAAACUCUCUAUAACAAGAGAGGAAACUAUUGCGCAUUUUAAACUUCUUAUUCCAAGCUGUUCUGUGUCUUGGGUGUCUGAUUAGUGUUUGAAGUAAAGGAGGAAGCUCUGGUGCUUUACUGGAAAGGGUUUUUUUUCUGCAGAAGAUCAGCUCUGUUGGAAGAUGAUGGUUUGGCUCUAUUUUGGGUUGUGUAGCUAUGCAGAUACUGUUUCUGGGGUGACUGAGCCACCAUUUACACCCAGCUUUUCUGAUAGCUGCUAUAAAUACACCCUGUGCUCUCUUGAUGGAAUUGCAAUAAAAUUUAUACUAAUGAAAUUAAUUAAAAAUUUCAGAGGUUGCAUAUUAUAGGGGAUAAGAAUUUAUAGAUACAUGAAGUGUUCCUGUGAUACUGGAGGGGUAUGUGAAAGAACAGUGUAAGAGCUUAAAAUGUUACUGUAGUAAUAUUUGGGAAUGGGGGAAUCUUCAUACAGUAUAUGUAGAAAUGGGAUAAGAGGGUCAUUAGAAAAACUGGAAGUAUCUUUCAGGAUGCAAUUCUAGUUAAAUUAGGAUAAAGAGUAGAAAGAAUGAUGUUCUAUCCCCUUCUUUCUUUUUCUCACUCCCCAGUCUCCAGUGUGGGCAGUUCAAAUGUCAGGUAUACAGGAUGUAAUUCAGAUGAGACUGUUUUGGUUAACGUGCAAUAUGAAUGCUUUGAGUUAAAAAUACCAUAACUGCAAUUUGUUUUCUUUCAUUUAAAUAAGAAGGUUAAAUUCUGAUAAGUUAUAUCGAAUAACAUAAUUUUAGGGGAAAUUGGCUAGGAAAUAUCCAGUGGUAGAUGUUGGAUCAAAAAAUUCACAGAUGUUACCAGAGAAUUUCCUGUUUAAUUAUUGUCUCUUAUUGUAGUACUUGCUCCUUUCAGUGCAGGAUUACCCCUGGGCUGACCUCUGUCAGUAAAAAGGUAAUUUUUUUGGUUUUUUCAGUGCUUGGGUUGUCUCUGCUGAUGCUGCAUUCCUGGCACCAGAGUAGUAGUGUUUGAAUGAAUGAAAGUAGGUAACUUCAUGUUCUUGGAGUCAAUAAUGAAACAUGCUUGUUUGAAGUGCAAUUCAGUGCAAAUUUUUUUUCCCUUUGGCAGCUACAAACUCUACCUUUUUGCUUCUAAAGAAGGCUUUAAUCUUGAAAUGUUUCUAGAAACAUAUCCCUGAUUUUAGAGCUUUCCCUGGUAAGUCAUUCUAGUUGGUUGAGGAUUUUUUUUGGUCUUUUUGUUCACAGUGUUGUUUUGCUUUGUUUUUUAACCCAUGAUCUUGAGACAUAGUGAUUCUGUGUCUUCCCUCUUACAUGCAACAAUGUCCUGUAUGAUCAGAGUUCAUCUCUUUGCCUGCACUGAACCCCCUGGGUGACACUGCAGGAGCUCACACUUGCUGGUCACGCCUCUAUUUUCAAAGAAGAAGGAAUCCCCUUAGUUAUCUAAACUCUUUUCUGUUUGUUUGGCUUACUUGUAAGGAAUGUGCUUUGGUAAGUGUCUUUGGGAGGCAGAACAGUGACUGGGCUCUAAAACUUAGUCUGCAUUUAAAGUGGGCUCUGAACACAGACUUCACAAUGUGCAGUUGCUGUUAGAGGCAGCACAGAUGUAAAAACCACUGUAUGGCACGGGAGAAGGGGCUGUAACAGUGGAUUUUAAAAGGCUCUGGGUCAUGCAGACUGGAUAUAUUGCUAGUAAAGAAAAGGAGAAAAUGUCUUAAUAGAGAUGUUCAGCCCUUAGGGGUUGUCUAGCCAUCUGCCUUCUUGCCUUUUGGCAUCUGGAGCUUCAUGUGUCCCAGUGCAUGACAGAAGAAAAGUCUGUGGGUAUAUUUUCAUUUUCAUAGCUGGAGUCAGGUGGUGGAUCAGGCAUCUUUCUAAACUGGGGCUUUGUGUGUGCUAGUGUAUUCAAGCUAAUGUGUUCCUCAGUCCUUUGAAAAGUGUUUCAGCUUUGCAGGGGCAGUCUGGGUGCAGUGAACAGUGGUCUUUAGUCUGACUUGGCUUGGCGUGCCCUCAGUCUCAUUUGUAUGUGUCGUCUUAGCUGAGUCUUCCCUCUUGAUGAAACUCUUCCUGGUAGUGUCUGCAGGAUUCCUCCUCACUGCUGCUGAAACACAGGGUGGAGGUGCUGCCAGGCAGGCCAGAGAUUAAACCCUGUUGGGGUGUGGAUCAAACUCCACUGUCAGCUGUCACCAAUAAGGCCAAUUGUUCCAAAGUGCUUUUCCUUGUUAGUUUGUUUUGUGCAGUUGAAAUGUAAGGAGGAAUAAAGCAAGCAGUUUCUCCUAGAGAUGGGAGAGGCUGCUGUGGCCUGUGAAGGAUGCACUGCUUUGUUCUGGUAUGUAAUCAUUCUUAUAAAUGUUUUACAUUCUAUAUUCAAACCUGUUCUUCAGGUAGUCACGUUUCUGGCAGCAUUAUAUAACGGUGACAUUUUGGAUAUCUCUGUUAGAGACAGGAGAGGUGCAGAGGAAUCCACCUUGUGAAUCACUCUCCAUUUAACCCUUGUUGGGAGGUGGGGAGCAAAGAGCCUGAGGCCACUAGAAGAGCAGUUUAGGGAAGGUGAUGUGGAAGCAAAACCACAUCAAUUAAAAGAUACCAAGAUAACAAGGUUUCAGCAGCUGGAAUGCAAUUAACUUCCUCUUCACUCUUAUCUUUCUCCCUUACCUGCACAUGGGUAACAAAGGUCAUUUGUGUCAUCUGAUAUGAGGCUUUGGAACUCAGCACCCUGAGUUCAUGUGUAAUUUUUUUAUUGUGCUAAGAUUACAGAUAUACCAAAAUCCCACCAGCAGUGUGGUGCAGAGCAAUUAAGGUUUGUUUUUUAUAUUGCUGCUUUACAAUUGUUGCUGUUGGCAAGCAGCAGCAGUGUAUAGUUACAAAUAUGUAUGUUAUCCCCCUAAUCUGAGGGAACUCUGCUAUUAGAUGAGCAGAGACAGUAAAUGACUUAGCCUUCUGUGGCAUGCACAUAAAACAGGAUGCAAGGCAUGAAGGACUUAGUUUCAUCUUUGUCUUACAGCUGGUUUAAUGUGGCUUUAGUAUUUGGGUGUGAAGAGGAAGCUUUGCCCCACGUGUGCAUCAUGAAAAUGCACCACAGUGAACUGAAGGGUUUCCCAUCUAACCUUCCCCAAAGCUCUUGCUCCAAACACAGACACAUUUAUGUGGGUUUUCUCUUCAGAGCUUGGUAUUGUCAGCCUUAAACACACAGAUGAGAAACUUGAGAAGCAUAUUUCUAGCAGAUAAUUCAAAGUUCUGUUUGUGAACUAGGUGCAUUUUAAUAGAAUACUUGAGCAUUUGCACAGCCUUACUGGUUUGUGGAUUUUUUGUUUGUUUGAUUUGGGGUGUUUUUUUGAGGAGGAGGCAUUGGUUUGUUGUUGGUUGUUUUUCAUUUGGUUGGGGUUUUUUAAGUUUUCUGUUAUGUUUGGUUUUUUUUUCAAAUAAAUAAUAGCAGUGAGUGUGCUCUAGCUCUCCGGCUUUGGAUAUGUCCUUGUUUCCUCCCUGAAUAUGAUAGAGCUGUUAUGCCUUAGUUAUUGCAUAAAUUAUAAAAAAUUAAACACCAAACACCAGGCCAGAAAGAAAUGUGUCUGUCUGGAAAUCAUGAAGUUCUUAUCCUUCAGAGUUUUCCAGGCAUUUUGCAGUGGUGCAAGGAAACUGUUUGUGUAGUUUAGCUCAGUUUAGUAACCUUUUAGAAAAGCAGUGAUAUUUUUUCUCUUUCGAUGUUUGUGGUCUGUUGAGGGCUGAGGAGCUAAAGAGAACACAUCUGUUUCAAAGACUCUGAACAUAUAAUCUGGGAGAAAUCAAAUCUACUUUUGUGACUUUCAGUUUGAGUCAAAGAAUAAUGAAUUGAGGGAAGUGUUAAUGUGUUGUUAAAGAGCAGCAAAACUAAAGAGGAAGGAUGAGGUGUUGUGAUUGAUUAUAGUACCUGCUGCUCAUCUUUCACUCUGCCAUUUCAUAUAGACAUAUUAAGAGAGACAUUGAGGAUACCUCAGGAACAUAGCUCCAUUUGAAUUUCUAAGUGUACCUAACAUGCUUGAGAAAAUAAUUAGACUAAAGGGGUUAAUAGCAUAGGUAGGAAAAAGAGAAGUACUGAUGAAGCCCUCCCCUACCUCCAAUGUCUUCUGCAGAGUCAGUGCCUGACCAGUAUUAGUACUUUUUAAUAUCUACCUUUUUUUUCUUGGCUGUGGUUGAGGAAAUAGUUGCUACUACUUUGACUUUGCCAAAGGGAGAAUCUGCCAGAAUGCUUAGAGGAUGGUACUGCACUUGUUGCUGCCCCUUUCUGCUUUUCUAUUAGGGCAACACUGUCAGAUAUUAUUGUGUGACACCAUUAUUCUUAAUAGUGCGCUCAUACUUUUAAUAAAAUUUCAAAGUGCAUUUAAUGUAUUUUCUCAAGGAAGUCUGUGAAAUGAGAGGUUGCCUGUAUGAAAUAUACAUGGGUGUGUCAUCAGAAGCAGAACUUGUAUGGAGAUUUUUUCUAAAAAAAAUCUUGUGUGUUUAAAAUUUGCGAGAACCAUCCUCAAAUGGAGGGGGAAUUUCUGAUUGUAAAAGUUGUGCUUCAUCAUUAAACUCAAUGGUAGUGGAUCUUCAUUUAGUGGUAAAACAAGCUGGAGUAAAUUUAAUGAACUUUGUCUUUUGUCUUUUUUGUCUUUCACUUAAUUGCGAUUUAAAUUUUUUUUUAGCAAUCUUUUACAAAAACUUUGGAUUUGUCUGCAAAGACCGUGCAAUAGAAAGAUAUAUGCUUUUAUAUUCUGGGUUGUAGUGUAGGUAGAAGAAAAUCUCUAAGUGUAUGGAGACAGCAGAAGCUAUGGGAAGCCACAUCAGUGGUGUACUGUUGCUCUAAGCAAAGGAUGAGCAACAUGUUGGGAAAAUUAACUCUUAGCUUUGAAAGCUUUCUUAGUUUGGUUUGGUUUCUUUCUGCAAGGGAUACACAAGGCUAAGCGAACACUGCACAGCGAUAUAAUGUGCAGUGUAUUUGAAAUAAGCAUGUUUCCAGACUGGUAAUAAAGAACAUAAACAUCUUGCUCUGAAAUAAGAGUUUGAAAUGAGCUACUGGCUGUUCGAUCUGUAUCAGAGCUAUGCCAAAUACACAGAUCAGUAGGAGCUCCUUCAUGUGUCUUGGAAGGAGAGAGAAGUCAUGGGUAUUAUUUUUCUGGAAUAAAAAGUUUGCAGCUGUUCAGGCUGCAGUGUCGGUCUGAUCUCUGGUUCUGACCCUGCACCAUCCAGCCUUUUUCCACCACAGCCAGUCCUCCCAGAUGGCCAUGAAGUUGACCUUUGAGAGAUGUGUCUAUUGACUGGUGAAUGAGAGAGAGCCCAUGUUGUUGUCAGUGAAUAACUUCUCAUGCAGCCUCAAUGUAUUCACAGAAACGAGUCUGGCAAUGGGGUAAUGGCAGAGCCAAUUCUCAUUCCUGCUUCUAUUCAGCUUCUGUUCAAAGAGGAGGAAAAGAGAGACUCUACCAGAGCCCCAGAUGAACUUAGUGGAGCUGUACAAUGAGAUCUUUUGUUCACUCCCAGGAGUACUACUACAUGUUUUGAACGCUUGCAGUCCAUUUGUCUUUUGCUACAGUUUAAAUUCAUUAAAGGAUUAAAUGGACUGAUGAUAGCAGGCAAACCCCAAGAGUAUUCCUGCAGCCCCAUAGUGCUGCAUAUGAAAACAACAUAUGGGAAAACAUUGUUUAAUCAAAUUGUUUGUGUUAGUGAUAAUCUGAUCCCUGUAGAUGAGCCAGAUCUCUGGCUUAUUUUGGAGCUGGAAAAGGUUCCACAUCAUGUUUUUUACUCUAAGGCAAUUUACAUUUGUUUUGAGGAAGUCAAGCUACUUUGCUUUUAGAUCCCAUCAAAAAAUGUAGAUUCACUGUAAACCAGUGCAUGUGAAGAUGUGAUGUCUUGUAAAUAAGCACUGUGAAGAAAGUCUAAGGUGCAGCCAGUAAUUUAUUGCAUGAAAUUACUUUCCUUGUGACAGGUUUAUGAUGUUAGAAGAUGCACUGAGCCUGCCCAAGCCAGCUCGGCCUGGUGUCAUUAUCUCCGACAAUCAGCACAAGGCAGUGCUGACAUCUGCAUCCCUAUUUUACACUCUUAACGUGGUCAUCCUUAGCCUCGUGCUUUCCAGAAAGUCAACUUUAAUGGGAAUGCAGCGUAUUUCCCUGCUGUUAGUCACUUGCGCUGAAGUUAGAUGGUUUUACUGGGGCCUCUAGUGGUGUCAACCUGUAUGACUGCUCCAAAGCUGCUGUUCGGAAAUGGGGAGGGAGGGUUGCUUUCCUCCCUCCCUCCCUUCGGACAGAUUUACCCGGCUACAGGGCACGGGCAGUGCCAUACAGAAAAUUUAUUUGGGUUCUAGUGGAGCAUUUCACACGGAGUUAGAACUGAAUGUACUGAAGGAGCACAAAUGAGUGGUAAUAAACGGCAACAGAGCGUGAAGGAGGAGAUGAAGGUUGAGAGAAGUCUGUGUUGGGCAGUGGUCACAGGCUGGUUUCUCCCAGCUGCACAACUCACAGAUUUUUAGAUUAGGAAGUUUUCCGGACCUUGAUAAGGACAGAAAGAUAGACUGUAUUUUAAAAAGUAUAGAAUUAAGGCAGGAAAGAGCAAAACAUUCAUGUACCAGCAUCAAUGCUGCCCCCCCAAAAGGAUUUUCUGUGUAAACAAGACAGUUUUGAGCUCUGUGUGAGUGAGCUGAAAGGCUUUCACGGGCCAUGGUUCUCCUGCCACCAGACAGGGUGUCAUAGAUGAAAAAUUUGGUCCUUUUUUUCAGUAUAAAUAAUCUUGAUGUUGUCUUUGAGCUGUAGUGUAAGUUUUAAAAUCCCUUUGCAACUAGUUUUACUUGGAAAACCUCUCAAACCAAAUCCAGCUCAGUGUUAUUCUCCUUGUAAAGUAUUUUUUAACACUUCCCCGUGCAAAGACUGUGCAGAGUCCAAAGUGUCUGGCACAGCAUAGUGAAAUAUCAUUGUGAUAAGAGAAACUUGAGAGUCCUGACUGCACUCAGCUCAGCAGAUCUGAACUAGGGCUCUGUCAGAAAAAUGCUGCUCCUUUUUGUGACUGUGCUGCAAAGGCCAGGCAGCUGCUGGCUCUGGUGUGAGUUUUCCAUGGUGCCUGGGUGGCCAGCCCUGCUGACUUGGCGACACUGAGCGUUGUCUCAUUGCCACCAGGGUAUUUUUUUUUUUUUCCUUUCUCCAUUUUUUCAUUGUAUCCUGCUUCUUCCAGGGUGUGCCUGAGUAAUGAGUCAGAGUGAAAAAAUAGUGCUCUUGAGCAGUUCGCAGGAAUGUGGCUUGUUCACAUAAAAUAAAGGCUGAUGCUUCCUCAGUUUAAAAAAUGAAAUUACUGGCAGUGU